AUGGCCAAACCGCGUUCAGGCGUCGCUGCCUGGUACGACAGGUUAGCAGCAUUCAAUGUAGAAUCCCUCUUUGCCAGGGCUAGAGUCCCAGGACCUCCUCGCACCGUCUACGUCAACCAGAAUCUGCCAGAGAGCUAUUUUGACAACAAGGGCAGGCCCAAGAAGGAGCAUAUAUAUGCUACAAACCAGGUCAUCAGCUCAAAGUACACCAUCAUCACCUUUCUUCCCCGAAAUUUGCUUGAGCAAUUCCGGCGAAUAGCCAAUGUCUUUUUUGCUUUCAUCGCUAUCCUUCAGUUCUUCCAUGAAUUCUCAACAAUAUCGCCCGGUUUGGUUAUCCUGCCUCUUCUUAUCGUUCUAGCGAUUACUGCAGUAAAAGAUGGAUACGAGGACAUAAAACGUCAUCAGUCAGACCGUAAAGUAAAUCACAGUCAGGUCCGUGUCUUAUCGGGAGGAGCUUGGGUCAAUCCAAACGUCAGUAGUGGAAAGAGUCGCACAUUCGUCAGAGGAAUCCUUCCGAAUGGGCGGACGAAGCGCAAGAUCGUGGAAGGGGCUGAUGUCGGUGAUCUGGCUGCUGCUGAAUUGGGCACUCAAAAUGGAGGGCGAGUUAGAGACCCCGACAUGGAGUACGACGACGAUUCUAUGGUAGAAAGUCAACAUCACCUAUUUGGGCCCGAUGAAAAGGGGAACAAGCCGCAUUGGAAACAAACAUUGUGGGAAGACGUGCAUGUCGGCGAUUUUGUCAAGAUCAUGGAUAACGAGCCCAUCCCUGCCGAUAUCCUGAUAUGUGCAACAUCAGAAGAAGAGAACGUAGCAUUUGUAGAGACAAAAAAUCUCGAUGGCGAAACGAAUCUCAAAUCUCGCAAUGCUUCACAAGCUCUCACAUAUUUGCGCACUGCUGCUCAGUGCUCUAGCAAGCUGAACCCUUUUACGGUGGAGUGUGAUCGCCCAGAUACGAACAUGUAUAAAGUCAACGCUGCCAUUGUGCAAAAUGGCGAGAAGACCCGUGUCGAUUCUCAGCACCUGCUCCUUCGUGGUACAAUACUCAGGAAUACCGGCUGGGCUAUCGGAAUCGUGCUAUAUACCGGGGUGGACACCAAAAUUGUCUUGAAUUCCGGGGGUACCCCAAGUAAGCGGAGUAAGGUUGAGCGGCAGAUGAAUCCUCAAGUUUUCGCCAACUUGGUCCUUCUUGCUGUCAUGGGUGUGGUUUGUGGUAUUGCUGACUCCGAGAUCGAACAAGUCCAGUAUCCUGAAGGAGCCCUUUGGCUGUAUGAUGACAAUCAAUCAGAUAAUAAUCCACGCGUUAACGGAGCUAUAACAUUCGCUUUCGCCUUAAUCACGUUCCAGGACAUAGUGCCAAUAUCGCUGUACAUUUCCAUAGAAGUCGUGAAGACGUGUCAGUCAUUAUUCAUCUAUUUCGAUAGAAAUAUAUACUAUGAGAAGACCGGCCAGGCUACACUCGCUAGGAGUUACAAUCUGUCAGAUGACCUGGGCCAGAUUCAGUACAUUUUUUCUGACAAAACAGGGACUUUGACUCAGAAUUCUAUGGUCUUCAGGCAAUGUUCCGUGGGAGGUAGCGUUUAUCUAGGCGACCCGGAAGAAGACGAGAACGAGGAUGCAAGCGUUAAAGUUGUCAAGACUGUUCGCACCUCAAGUGCUGACUCUUCUUUCGCUUCCACAUCUGCUGCCCCUGCUCCCGAUGACAACCCCGAAGCUCUUGUGGAAGAUCUUGCUCGCGCCAUCGAUGCAGAGCCUGGCUCGGAGAAUGAGACCCUUGCUCGAUCUUUAAAUGGUUUCUUUUCGGUCCUCGCACUCUGCCAUACGGUAUUGACUGCAGUAGAUCCGGCAACAGGAGCGAUCGAAUACAAGGCGCAAUCACCAGAUGAGGCAGCCCUCGUACAAGCUGCUGCGGACGUUGGUUUUAUUUUCCGUGGGAGGGUGAAAGAAACUUUGUUUUUGCAGACUCCAUUCUCGAAGGAGUUUGAGGAGUACGAGUUGUUAAAUAUUCUAGAAUUUACGAGCGCCAGAAAGCGGAUGAGCAUCGUUGUCAGGAAAAUGAGCGACGACGACGGUAGGCUGUUCCUUUUGACGAAGGGGGCCGAUAAUGUGAUUUUCGAGCGCUUGAAAGAGGGCGGAGAGGAAUUGAAGAAGACUACGGAACAACAUCUUGAUGACUUUGCACGAGAGGGCCUGAGGACAUUAACUCUUGCGUACAAAGUUAUACCGGAGGACGAGUAUGAGAUAUGGAGCGAAAGAUAUCACGAGGCUUCAACUGCCUUAGAAGAACGCGAGGAGAAGAUUGAGGUUAUUUGUGAGGAAAUGGAGAAGGAUCUUCGUCUAUUGGGUGCUACUGCUAUCGAGGAUCGGUUGCAAGAUGGCGUCCCAGAAACCAUUGCAGACCUUAAGCUCGCUGGAAUCAAAAUUUGGGUGGCUACUGGUGAUAAGCUUGAAACGGCUAUCGCCAUUGGGCACAGUACCAAUCUCAUUGCGCCGGAUGCCAACGUUAUCGUCAUCCGUGGCACUGGCGAGGAUGGUGGUCGACCGGUUUAUCAGCAACUAAUUUCUGCUGUUGAAGAUUUCUUCCCUAGCAGCGGUAUACUUGACGAAGCCGGCAUCGUUACACCUACGACUUCCAAGAAGUCACCGUCGCUCGACUACACUGGGCCCUAUCCGUUGCAGCGCAUGGACACUGGUGUGACUUCGAUUGUGGGGGCCAACAAUGGUGAGAAGUCAGGAGGUUUCGUCCUAGUUAUAGAUGGAGCGGCCCUGGGAGUCGCACUAGGGGACGAUGAACAUAAAUUACUUUUGCUUCGACUGGCUAUGCACUGUGAGGGCGUUAUCUGUUGUCGAGUUUCUCCUUUGCAGAAAGCCCUUGUCGUUAAGCUUGUGAAGGAGGGACUUGGCGUCAUGACCCUUGCGAUUGGGGAUGGUGCGAAUGAUGUUAGCAUGAUUCAGGCGGCCGACGUUGGUAUUGGUAUCGCUGGCGAAGAGGGUCUCCAAGCUGCGAACUCGUCCGAUUACGCCAUUGCACAGUUCCGUUUCCUCAAGAGGCUCCUUCUCGUACACGGUCACUGGUGCUAUGCCCGUAAUGGAAAUAUGAUUCUCAAUUUCUUCUACAAAAACAUUGUAUGUACUGUGGCGCUGUGGUGGUUCCAGAUCUAUUGCGGAUGGACUUCAACUUACGUCUUUCAAUACACUUACCUCUUGCUUUGGAAUUCCAUUUGGACCCUUGCUCCUGUUAUCGGCAUUGGUCUCUUUGAUCGUAUGGUUGAUGCUGAUGUUCUCAUGGCCUUCCCGGAGCUGUAUCGAUUUGGCCGUGAAGGGACGUGGUUCACCAACAAGAAGUUCCUGAUUUAUGUACUUGAUGGCGUGGUCCAGUCUGCCGUCAUAUUCUUCAUCAUUCAAUAUACGUACGACAGUAACUCUGCGCGUAAUGAUGGUUAUUCUAUAGCCAUGUCUGAGUAUUCCACGACAAUAGUGUUUGCUCUUGCCUUGACUGCGAAUUUAUACAAUGGUCUCAAUACCACUGUUUGGACUGGAUGGAUCUUCUUCGCUGUCUUCCUUGGUAUUAUCAUUCUGCUGUUGUUCACUCUCAUUUAUUCGGCAAUCAGCCCGGGAUGGUUCGUCACACAAGUCUACGGCAACAACUACUACUUGUUCAGAUCAUCUUAUUUCUGGCUAUGUCUCCCUAUCACUAUCUUCAUCGCCCUACUUCCGAUGUACUUGUUUAAGGCUUGGAAGGCCGGCUUUUCCCCCGAUGAUAUCGACCUUCUUCGUUAUAUUCGAAAGACUCAGCCACACAGAGAUCUAAUCCAUACGCUCAGGAGGGAAGAUCGGUCUGACGCACUGACUCCUUCGACUUCGAGGACACGGCCCUUAUCGGGAAUGUCAAGACGUUACUCUCGAGCGUCGCGACCUACGUCUUACAUACACAAACCUUCCGAUAGUGCUGACAACAUCACGCUAGAUGGUCUUUCUAGACAAUUGGAUCCCCGUUCUGCCAGUCGUACUGACAUGUCCACCGGCGUUCGUUCGAUACAUAGAGGCUUCGACUUUGCGACUGAGGAGCGUGGUGUUGCAAUGCGUAGGAUGCAAAGUAAUUUGUCUGAGAGGAGGCAGAGUAGCCGGCACCUUCCUUUACUUGAAUCCAACACUUCACAAAAGAGGAAGGGUUCAAUGCGGAUAUUCUCAUCCUUGCGUCGCAAGAAACCACCAACUCCUAGGAAGGACGUUUGA